CUCAAUCAAUCGYCCAUCGUCGUUCAUGCUUGUUCGGACGGAGAUGAUGUUGUUGAUUUUUGUUGUUGCACGUCAAUGAAAUGAAAUCACAGGAAGGAAAACAGGAAGGAAAGUGCGACGCAUGAGAAWAACUACGAAKCAAAYAAGUUUAUUUCGAAGGUAAAAGGUKGAAUUGAUGAGCAAUCUCCUGCGUCAUUGAAAAGGGAAUAUUCAAUUUUACAAAUAUCAAUGAAGGCAACAAAGAGUCUAGUAUAUCUGGUUCCUUACCGUCACAAAUCAGGGUCGCUUCGGUGGAUGACGACGACGACGAGAACGGCGUUUCAUUGGAUACUCAUUUUCUGGACCGCAGCGUGCUUCAUAUCCUUUCUUUAUCCACACACCGAUGCUUAUCCAAUUUUUGUGAAGGGGGUGGCAGGGCUUUCCACUCGAUCCUCGCCUCCAAGCCACAGKGGAARCAACAAKGACAGUAAAAACCAGCAUGGAAAACAAUCGCCACGACGCAAAAACAAAAAUCGCGUGACAUCCGGUGGUGGAAACAAGAGCUGGUACGAAAAACGAAAGGCAGGUAUAAAGGUCUCGUCCCGGGGGCCAAAGCCACCAAAAUGGGAAAGGGARGGAGACGAUCUUUACGUCAGCAGCAAGAACAAAAUGGAGRUGGGCAACAUGGACAAGAAYAUCUCGUACGAAACAGCUCGGGCACUCCUUCGUUCCAUCGAUGGAACGACRAGCGGCAACGACGAAUCAAGGACUACAAAYUUAUCCUUGAAUCCUCCCUCUAAGACAAAGGCCAGCUUCGGUACAAAAGAGAAACCAAGUGAAGGCGAAAAUGAAACCGGAAAUCUCAGAGACGACAAACCUUUUUUGUGGGGCGGCAAAUUAUCGAUAGGUCCAUUCUGGAAAUCACGUUUGGUCGCCGCGGGCUACUCGGAGCCUACACCUAUUCAAAUUGCAGCAUAUAAUUGCCUUUCCACCAAGAAGAACCAGACCAGUGUCAACGGGAACGCCGUUAUUGCGGCGGCCACAGGGAGCGGGAAGUCGCUGGCAUAUUUAUUACCUUUUUUGACCUCAAGGACGACCACGGGCCGCAAAAACAAAARGCCAGCUGCGUCAGUAACGAAUGCGCUUGGAACUAUAUGGAUUAUGACGCCGACAAUGGAGCUUGCUUAUCAACUACAGCGGACCGUAGACCACGUGAUUCUUGGCAGUAGCAUCAACGACAACCGGAAGAGCAGCAGCAGUAAUGUUCUCCACGUUGUAGAAUAUAACCGAUCAAUGGCUGUUGGUAAAUUAAAACUAACUCGCAAAGAAGAGUCGUCGUCUCCGUUACCAUUAUCAGUCUCGUACCCGAUAUUGGCGGAUAUUGUACAACGAUAUUACAGCGUCAAUAAAAUUACUUGUGAUAAAAACGAUCCUUCUGUYGGAAGCAAUCGCUAUACGGAACCAACAUUCUUGGCGGGGACACCAAAACUCUUUCUGCAGUUGCGCAAAGAAAUUCAAAAAGUGGUCAUGACAACUUCUAAACUACAAAGCAACACGCGAUAUGCCGCCCAACGAAAGGCGAGGCAAAGACGAGAAGCCAAGGAAGGAACCGUUCAGCCACCCAUGGACACAAACACAAACGAAAGAAAUGAAAAUACCAAUCAGGAACAACUCCUGUAUCGAGCGGUCGCCCUGGCACUCCGAGCUAACAUCCAGACCUUGAUUCUAGAUGAGGUAGACCGGCUCUUACAAACCACUACCGCCGACGCACGGCGWGAGCACAAAACAACGAAACCACUAGCCCAAGAGCUGCUCGAAGYRUUAGUUUGGGAAAAAACUGCCAAAAGUCGUCCACCAACAUCCUACGGACGAAAUCGAAGAAACAGUCAACGGUAUUCUUUGCCGCAAGCUUCGUCACCAAAGACUUCAUUGCAGAUUGUGUGCGCAUCGGCAACGAUCGGCAGAGCUCUGCGGAAGCAACUCAUGUACAUUGUGAAGGCACCGAGCACGGACAAAGCAGCGACGCUCAUUACAGCUGACGUUCGCACCAAAAAGGAUGAAAAAUUGCGAAAGGCCUCUUUGCUUCCAUCGAAUCUGAAACACUCGUACGGAAUCAUGUUGCAGCCGCCAAAGAAAGAAGGCAACAUAAAAMAAUUGGAUUCAGGCACCAGCAGCAAUAUCACGUCAUCAACAAUAAAAACAAACGCAAUGGUAGAAGCACUURUAACCACCCUUCGAAGCAAAGAGGAACCCUCGCCAUCCCUCGUCUUUCCCGGUGCGAUCGGUGUUGAGGCCAUCCGAGAAUCUCUAGCGAAUGCUGGGUUUCAAGACAUCCGCGGGCUAUCCGACCUCCGUGAGGAGAUGGAUGCAUUCGACUCCUUGCCCUAUUCAUCCUGGAGUUGCGCUCCUGUCUAUGUCGUCAAGGAACGAUUGGCACGAGGGUUAGAUCUUCCAGAAAUCCGAACUGUGUUYCUGAUGGGGGUUCCGUCCAAUGCCGCAGCCUAUGCACAUCUUGCAGGUCGCACGGCGCGACAAAACGCAUACGGGGAGUGUAUCACACUGUGCUGGCCCUGGGAGGCACAAAAACUGAUUUCGAUUGCCAAGACUCUGGGAUUGAAUCGAAUGAACUGCAUCAACGAUCAUUAUCUUACCCAUUCCACACGCCGGCAAUCGAAUGCCAAACCAGGUGGCAACCGCACCGACAACAGGAAUGAUCGCAAAGGUAUCCCAUUGACUGAGGAGGUCAUCGACGAAUGGGAUCUCUCUGUAAUGACGAAGACRGCGAUCAAAAGAAAAACAGUAUCUGCACUCCGGAAGUUUUUGGCAUCAAAGGGGGUACCGACCGAAGGCUUACUCAAGAGCGCGUUGGUGGAUGCAGCAAUGACGCUAAAAGACAAGUAAAUGAAUUGGAUCAUUGAAGUGGAACAAAAUAUAUUGGUACUAUUGCA